AUGGUUAGGUUAAAAAGGUCAAGAGAUGAUAAGAUUAGAAGCAAUGAGGUGCAAAAUAGUUGUAAUGACUCGGCGCCUAUCUCACAAUCAAGAUCGUCAAAUACAAUGUCAGAAUCUAAUUCGACACAAGCUGCCUCACAUCUUGAAUCCUCACAAAACCAACCUCAUAUUCAAGAGACAAUUGAAGUUGAAAGUACAGAUAUAUUAGAGAUAAUUGAUACUGAGGGAAGGAUAAAAAGGAAACGUGGAAUCCAACAUGCUAAAGAUGUGUGGAAUUUACCAAUGGGAGAAAGAAUUGUAAUAAAAUGCAAUCGCUUUGGACAACCUUUGAAAAAAGGUGGAGGCAUCUUAAGUGGUUGGCUUGGGUUGGUGGCACGGAUGGGAAAUUGGUGCCCAAUUGGUUACAAACGCUGGAAGAUUGUGCCAUCACGUUACAAAAUUGACGUCCUUAACUUGACACGGAGCAAGUUUGUCCUCCCAAAUAGCGACAUCGAUAAGUGGGUUUUGAAAUCCUUGAGCCGAAAGUGGAAGAAUUUUAGAUUCGAAUUAAAAGCUAAAUACAUGUUAGAGGAUCUAACUGAACAACAACUCGCAAGUAACGUCCCGCAUGGAAUUGUUCCUCACCAAUGGGUAGAUCUUGUUCGAUAUUGGUUUUCAGAGAAAUGUCAGUUAUAUUCUCAAGUUGGGAAGACCUCACGUUCCCUUCACACUACACAUCACACGACGGAUUCCAUGAGUUUUGGAAGAAAAAGGGAUGAAUUUGAAAUUGAGCAUGGAAGAGAGCCAAGUCGUCUUGAAUUCUUCAUUGAAACCCAUAAACGUAAAGAUGGAACACUUGACAAGCCGUCACAAACUAUUGUGGAUAAUGUGGGAAAAAAGAUUGUUGAAAAAGGAGGCACAUCUGAAUCAUCUGAAGCUACUAGCGAGUUACAAGAUGAAGUGUAUACGGAUAUCUUGGGGAAAGACCGGAAAUUGGUGGCAUUCCUGACACUUCUAAGCGUCAGGAAAUUGAACAACAUAAUGACGCUUACAAGCGUCAGGAAAUUUAAGGAAUUCCUGAUGCUUCUAAGCGUCAGGAAAUUGAACAACAUAAUGACGCUUACAAGCAUCAGGAAAUUGAAGGAAUUCCUGACGCUUCUAAGCGUCAGGAAAUUACAAACAUGA